AUGGACACCCCUACAACAAGUCAUCACGAGGUGGUUUCUACCACAGCAAGUUCAUUCGAGCACUCUACUGCGAAUAGUUCUCCCGAAGUGAAUGUUGCUGAAAUCAAAACUCCACCAACGGUUUCUGAUGGCCCCAGAUCUCUGAGUGACACCCAAGAUGGAGAUCGCCGACCCGAAGUCAUCAUGGUGACUCUUGAACCUGAUGACCCUGAGAAUAUCUCUACACAACUCAGCUUGGCUCACAAGUGGCUACUAGCAGGCAUUGUGUGUGCAACGUUCCUCCAAAUCACAGCCAAUUCCAGUGCGUUUGGUAACGCUACAGGACCCAUCAUGAAAGAACUUCAUUGUGGAAAAGUGGUGGCUUCUCUAGGUAUUUCCCUGUUCAUUCUGGGUCUAGGUUCCGGACCCAUGUUGUUUGCACCCCUGUCUGAGUACUAUGGACGAAGACCCAUCUACAUUGCUGGUCUGUUUCUUUACGUUAUCUUCCAGUUGCCAGUGUGUCUAGCACCUAACAUCCAGACAAUGCUGGUUGGACGGUUUCUCAGCGCCUUUUUCAGCUCGUCGUUUGCCGCUGUCUCUGGAGGUACUAUCACCGACAUCUUCGACAAGAAGACCGAGGGCGAUAUGCUGGUGCUAGCAAUGUCAACCUUCUCAAUCUCCCCCUUUUUUGGUCCAGUAAUCGGCCCUCUGAUUUCAGGAUUCAUUGUUCAAAACACAAAGUGGAGAUGGGCCUUCUGGGUAAUGAUGAUCUGGAGUGGAGUGCUUUUUGCCAUUGUCAUCCUGUUCUCCAAGGAAACCUAUGCUCCUGUGCUCACUGAACGAAAAGUCAGAAGACUGAGAGGUGAACGGGAGAAGAACUUGAAAGAUCAUUUGGUUUCUGUCUUCUCCAGCGACCCAGAAAAGAACCCCAGUGCUCCAGUUACCAUCAACGAAAAGACCCCAGUCUACUACACCUGUGCUCUGAUGGAGACUAAGAAGACUCAGUCUCUGGGAAAAAGUGUCAUGACCAACUGUCAGCGACCGUUUGGACUUCUGAGUCGAGAUCCAAUGGUACUGCUAGUCUGUGUCUACUCUGGAUUUCUACUGGCCAUUGUGUACGGCUUCUUUGUGGUCUUUCCUCUGGUGUUUGGUAACAUCUACAACUUCCAGCUCCAAUUCAAGGGCAUGUCGUUUCUGCCUCUAGGAGUCGGCCAACUGACAGCGACUUACGGAUCCAUUCCCUUAAUGAGAUACCUGACCAAGAGGUUCAACGACAAGGAGAUCGCCAAGGGAAAACCCGGAGGAGCGCCCGAGCUGAAACUCAUCCCCAUGAUGAUUGGUUGCUUCCUGUGUCCCAUUGGUCUCUUUUGGUUCGGAUGGACAUGUUAUCCUUCCAUUCACUGGAUUGUUCCCAUGAUCGGCUCCGGAUUUUUUGGAGCAGGCAUCGUUCUUGUGUUUGCUGGCACUUUUGGGUUCCUCGUAGACGGUUAUCGAGUCUACGCUGCUUCAGCGAUGGCUGCCAACGCCUUUGUACGAUCGGCCAUGGCCUGCGCCUUCCCUCUGUUUGCACGACAAAUGUUUGACAACUGGAGCUACCAUUGGGCCACCAGUUUGCUGGGGUUUGUCAGUUGCAUCAUGAUUCCUAUUCCUUUCGUCUUUUAUAUUCAUGGAGAGAAACUGAGAGCAAAGUCUCCUUACGCUUGGACUUAG